AUGGAAUAUUUGGGUAGCGUAGUGUCAUGGCCGACUACUGCCACUAUCAUUUCAUCGUAUCUUUCAGGCAUCGUAAUCUAUCGUCUAUUUCUCCACCCUCUUGCUCGGUUUCCCGGCCCAAAGCUAGCAGCAGCAACACGAUGGUUCAAGGCUAUUACGACGUCGUCCAGAACGGCCAGUCCGAUUAUCCGGAUUAGUCCUCAUGAGCUUCAUAUCAACGCCUGGGGACCCGAACGCCCAACGAUUCAUACGGCAGAGCACGAACACUACCGGGCGCGUCGUCAGCCCCUAGCUACCUUCUUCUCUAGAGCAAAGGUUAUUAGCCAACAGGAGAUAAUCCGAAGGAAUGCGGACAAGCUCUGCAAUCGUCUUUCUAGGGUCUCCGAUUCGGCGAAAACGGUGAAUGUGGGUGCUGCUAUUUCGGCGAUGGCCCGCGACGUGUCCUUCGAGUAUAUUCUGGGUCGAAGCCAUAAUAGUCUCGACAGUGAGGACUUCGACGUCGCUGUUCUUUAUGCGGCAAAGGGGGCUGAUCUAAUGGCUAGCGUGAAUGUACCUACGCCAGACAAUCGCGUUCGCCGAACCAUUGUCCAUGAAACCCUUGGUUCCAAGCUCCCGUUAGAAGACAAGUCUUUUCAGCGCGUCUUCGAGGAUACCACUGAGGAAAUUAGAAGUGCUGAAGUAGAACAUCCAGAUGUAAUGGUUCUCAAAGUCCUCGAGAAAUUCCCUUACCUAACUGCGACUUUCAUGGAAGGCUUGCGCCUAACCUACGGGAGCUAUCGAAUCCCGGCCGGGACUCCUGUCGGAAUGACCACAAUCCUGAUACAUACAGAUGAGAAAUUGUAUCCGGACCCCCAGUCCUUCAAUCCUGGGCGCCGGCCGCAUCACAGCCGCCGGAACAAUGCUGAGGAGGCAUACGCGCAGUUUUCGAGAGCAACAAGGGUGUGUCUCGGCAUGCAUGACCAGUUCGUUAUCGGUACUAGUGGAGAUGGACUCUUAGAAGCCCGUGUUGAGAUUUGUAGCAAGUAA